AUGAGACCAGCCGCCCGCUGCCACGUGGACGGGCUGGAGGGCCCCGGGCUGGUCCGGCUGGACCCCCACCACGUCCCCACAUCCGAGUGCUCGCUGCACCGCGGAGGAGAGGGUCUCCGGGAGGCCCACUGCGGACCCCGGAUGCGAGGCCCCGCCCCCGGCCCCGCCCCGCGCCCGGCCGCGCGGCGCGUGGUGGUGUCCGGCGGCCGGCGGCGGCGCCAGGCGCGCGACUCGGGGAGCACGAAUGCCGUGGCCUUGUCCCCGCACGGGCCCCGCCGAGGUGACAGAUUUCGACUGAGGCUGUCAGAGUCCGUCACGUCUGCUUCGCCUGUGCGGCUGGGGUACCCGAUGGACAGGAGCUGCACCCUGAGCUUCCUGACGGUGGACAGUCCGCUGGGUCCCAUCCAGCUCUCGGGCUGCGAGCAGGGCGUGCACGAGAUCCAGCUGCCGCGCCAGGGCCGCCCGGGAAGCGGCCCUGUGGCAGCUCCAGCGCCCCUCAAAGACACGCCGACGCCUCUUGAACAGUGCGCAGCCUGGCUGCACGCCUACUUCCGUGAGCCCGCAGCCGCGGGGCUGCUGCCCUGCCCGGCCGUCCACCACCCUCUCUUCCUGCAAGACGCCUUCACCGGGCAGGUGCUGCGGAGGCUGCAGGCGGCCGUGGGCCCCGGCGAGGUCGUCUCCUACCAGCAGCUGGCCAUCCUGGCGGGCAGCCCGAAGGCCGCGCGGGCCGUGGGAAACGCCAUGCGGAGCAACCCCGUCCCCAUCCUCGUCCCCUGCCACCGUGUGAUCUGCAGCAGCGGCGCCGUGGGCCAGUUCUCCGGGGGCUGUGGCGUGAAGGAGUGGCUUCUGGCCCACGAAGGCAGCCUGGCGGGACCGCGGCCUGGGGGCAAGGGGGCUCCCCUCCGAGCAGAACCUGCGGGGAACCUCAAGGGGCCCCCACCGGCCAGAAGCAGGCGUGCGGAGGGGGUGGAUAUUUGAGUGACAUCUAAGAGGGAUGCGGGCGGGACUCUGCGACACAGCAGGGCCGGGGGUCCUCAGGGAGGCCACGCUGCCCUUCCCACCCCCAAAGUCUCCAGCAGAGCGAGCCCCCGAGCCCCCCAUUCACGCAGGGACCCUCCGUGGACCAUCUCGGCUGCAGCCCCUCUCCCAGCAGCCGCACCCGGGGGCACCUCCCCGGACCCUUGGCUUGAGGCCGCGGGGGGGUGGGGGGUCCUGCACAUACUUGGAGCCCCCCAGCUGCCCACAGAGCGCCACGGGGGCACUGGGCUAGGUGCCGGGCGAAGUGACCGUCUGCCAGAUCGUGGGCCCGGCUGGGGUGAGGCUGCCUCCACCUCACCCCCCCCCCCCCGAGGUUGCUGUGUGGGCGGGACCCACCCUGCAGCACCUGCGUUGAGACAAGCCCUCCAGAGUGGGCACCGGCCAGGGGCUCGGCCUACAGUGCUCCCCCGCCAAGGCCUGGGUGGCCCCUUCUCUGUCCCGCAGCGAUGGGCGGCCACGCCCGACAGUCCCCAGCCCUGCGUUUUGCUGCUGCUUCUUCCGGCUCUACCAAAUCCCUGUUUUCCCCACGGAGACCCCGUGGAAAGGGCGCCUGCCUCACACAUGGCCAACCCGGGUUCGAUCCCGCACCCCGUAGGGCC